AUGAUCGUCGCAGGGGCUGGUCCAACAUCUCACGCAAUGGAAUUCGGGUUGGCCGAGAUGAUGAACAAUCCCAUGGUAAUGGAAAGAGCACAACAAGAAUUAGAAGUAGUGGUGGGUGCAAACAAUAUGGUUGAUGAAUCACAUAUUCAUCAAUUACCUUAUUUGAAAGCAAUCAUCAAAGAGACAUUGCGUUUACACCCAAUUGUGCCCCUCCUAGCACCACGCUGCCCUAGCAAGUCAUGCAUUGUUGGUGGUUAUUCGAUCCCCAAGGGUGCCCGUGUUUGCGUUAAUGUUUGGGCCAUUCAUCGGGAUCCUUUUAUUUGGGAAAACCCACUAAAAUUUGACCCAGAGAGGUUUAUGGGAUCAAAAUGGGACUUCAAUGGAAAUGACUUUAAAUAUUUUCCAUUUGGCUCUGGAAGGAGGAUCUGUGUGGGCAUCGAAUUAGCAGAAAGGAUUUUAGUAUUAUUCCUAGCCUCCCUAGUUCACGGUUUCGAGUGGAGCGUUCCGGUUGGGGAAAAGCUAAAUUUAGAAGAGAAGUUUGGGAUUGGACUAAAGAAAAAGAAACCUCUCAUGGCAAUACCAACACCAAGGAUUUUUAAUAAAUCUUUCUAUGAGUAA